AUGGAUCCUAGAUCGGCGCGAAACUACUUUUCAGUAAAGGCGAAGAUGCUUCGCGAUUUCGCGAAAUCUAUAGAUGACACUACGUCAGCUAUAGCUGUCCGGGUCGUCAAACGACAGUUUGACAAAUAUUAUAAUGAGUUUGUCCAGGCUUAUGAAGUGCUUAUCGCAAGUGGUGCAGAGGACAUCGAGGCGCUGAACGCAGAAUUCUCCGCCAUCAACGGGUUGCUGGUCGCUGUCGAGACCAGGGUGGACGAGUUCGAAAUGGGACCGUCAGCACCGCUUCCGAUAGCGAGUAGCUCGCGAGAGACCGUCGCGGCCAAACUGCCAUUCAUCGAGUUGGGGCAGUUCAGUGGUAAUCCAAGGGAUUGGGUAAGUUUUUAUGACCUGUUUUUGUCAUUGGUCCAUGACAGACCUAACCUGCCGGAGACGGAGAAACAUUAUUACCUCCGCAGCUGCCUAAAGGGUGAAGCAUUAACCCUGGUAAAGCAUCUACCAGUAGACGCGGCUAACUACGAGGUAGCUCUUGGUCUUCUGAGGGACCGCUACCAAAAUACAAGGUUGCUGGCUGACACCUAUCUGGAGCAGAUAGUGUCACUGCCUACGGUGCCGACAUCGUUAGAGGGUUUACGUCAGACCUUCUAUAAUCCGUUGCUGGAAUCAACCCAGGCGUUGAAGAAACUGGGACUCCCUGUGGGAGAAUGGUCAUACUUAUUAUUGUUUCUCGUCAUGCAGAAGCUGCCUGCGAGACUCAGGAAUCAGUUCGAGGAGCGAUGCGGGGCAACCGCCGGGGAGCUACCAACCUUCUCCUCGCUGAUGGAGUUGCUCGACGAGAUUUGCCGGCGUCAGCUUAUCACAUCACCGGGUCCGAAACAAGAUGAGACCAUGUCAACGCGACAACGGAGGUCGCCAACUGCGCAGCGCAAGGUGACACCAUUUGGGGGCCGACGGUCACCACCCUCGAACAAAGCUCACGGCUACAUAACCGUCGCAGCGGGCGAGGUAAGGUGCAUUUACUGUACUGUUUUGGGGCACGCAAUUACCGGAUGCUACGGCUUUAAGCGACUCGUAGUGUCUGCGAGGAAAACGUGGGUGCGCAACAACGGAGUCUGCUUUGUUUGUUUGGGACAACACUUCGCACGGGAAUGCACCCAGGGUGCCAGAUGUGGACGCGUAGCAGCGUCAUACUCUCCUGUGCGCAGACAGUGUAGCAAGGAGCGCACAAGACGUGCGGGCGAGGCCUGUACACCACGCGGAAACGAAUCCGCAAGCACCGCCGCGGGUCAGGACACCGCCGCGGUUGAGUACACCGCCACGUGUGAGGACACCCCCACGGCGUACCAGUCCAGUGGAGCACGACCGGGCGUCGGCGACGCAACAGCGCACUUCGGAGCAGGAGCCGCAGCACUAUAG